AUGUCUGUUCGGACGAUACUCUAUCAUCUCUUUUCACGUUUCCUAACCCUGCAUGAUCUGACCGACACGAUCACACUACCCGUAGACUUCAAAGAUGGAGACCCUGCGCUUAUCUUUGAAACUGACCAAACUCAUCUAAGGAGCUUGCAGGUGCCGUCACUAAUGCAUAAUACGUUUACUGGAACGCUUUCGGAUGGCAGUAUCAUUACUGCUGCCCUCAUUGCUUCUACGUUCCCACUUAAUACCUUAGCAUCUCCCACGAAAGCUUCCAGCUUGCAGACUGGUACUGGAACAUCCUCUGACUCUAGUAGCCCUUCCUCGACGACCGGAUCCGGGUCGUCCUCAAGCUCAGGGCAGGGACAGUUCAAGAAUGCACGUUUUACGUUCUAUGACGUUGGACUAGGUGCAUGCGGGAAGACAAGCAAACCGAGUGACUUUAUUGUUGCCCUAAAUUCGCAGCAAUUCGGUUCAGGCUAUCCAGGACCAAACUGCUUCAAAGAGAUUACAAUAUCAUACGGUGGAAAGACUCAUGACGCUACAAUAAUGGACGAGUGUCCUGGUUGUCCGUACGGUGGACUCGACUUCUCACGCGGACUUUUUGACUUCUUUGCGUCUGAGGACAAAGGUGUUUUAACUGGCGAAUGGAGCUUCAAAGACGGUAGUGGUAGUUCAGGCAGUAACUCGACGUCGACUGGAUCAAGCUCUGGCUCUGGCUCCAGUUCACACACGGGCUCGGUUCCAGAAACUGCAACAGGCACAGGCUCUGGCUCAGGCGCAAGUGCAACUUCACCUUCUGGUUCCAAACCCGAUUCUGGCAGUAGUCAUUCCUCAGCGACCAAGACUUCAGAUGGAAAAUCGACUUCCCCUACUUCAGCAUCUGGUCAGGGGAGUGGAGGGUGCAAGACCAGUUCUUCUUAG